AUGAUUUUGCGAUCGAAAACGCCUUUGCCUAUUAGGCUAGAAGUGAUCCGACGUUGUGAACGCAUCAUCACAGUGGUAACCAACGACAGCGAUGAAACUGUUGAAAUCGUUCGUCCAAUAAUAGCAGCAUCAAGAUGUCAAGAUAGCGACCCCUUUUUAUGCAAUGCAUUAUUCGCAAUUCCUUCAGAUAUUGCUGCAGAUAAUCUAGAUGAGGCAAAAGACUACAAAGUAUCAGCAAAUUGUUACGAACCAAGCGUUAUAAAAAUUGCGCUUAAUAAAUGCCCAUCAAAGUGCGCAUUGUGUUGUAGCACCAAGGAUUUCGAUUGUCAAGAUAUUGAUUCCGAAGAGAAUUGUCAAGCAAUAUUAGAUGGACACCUUUGCGAAUUUCCUUUUAUGGCCGAAGAAGCACUGAAAAAAUGUCCUCGCACUUGCGGAUUAUGCAAUAAAGAAGGGGCACAUGCUUCUUGCAUCGAUUUAAUAAAUGAUUGCGAUCUGUUUAUAGACGCGAUAGGCUGUGAUUCAGAAGAAAUGCAGAGAAAAUGCAAAAGAACAUGCGAGUUCGAUAAUUGCAACAUUCAGGAAACGACCAAUACUUAUGUCAAAGCGACAACGCAUUCAGCGCUUAUUGUGUGA